ACAUAACAACAAACAGUACGCAACACGCUCCUACAAAGGGACGGCCCCCCUGAGGAACAUACAGCCACACAGCAUCAGCGCAAGAGAAAAGAGGAAGAAAGUACAGGAAAAUGUCGACACGCAUCUUCUGCUGAGAUCUUGCUUUGAAUACAGAGUGAGGCCCCAGAACACAUAGACAGAGAAGAGAGGAGGAACAGCAUGGACCGACCGGCAGAUGAAGUGUUCCACUACAAAGACAAAGAGCAGUCCUCCAACCUGCUCCUGCAGCUCAACAGACUGAGGCAGGACAGAAUCCUGACAGACGUGUUACUGUGCUCAGAAAACACGGAGAUCCCGUGCCACCGCAAUGUCCUGGUCUCCAGCAGCCCGUACUUCAGAGCCAUGUUCUGCCACAACUUCAUGGAGAGGCAGCAGACCAAGAUCGACUUAAAGGGGAUCGACUCGACCAUCCUCAGUAGUGUCAUUGACUAUGUUUACACCGGACUCAUUACCAUCAGCAUGGAUACUGUGCUGCCUCUGAUGCAGGCAGCAUCCAUGUUGCAAUACGGCCGCAUCUUUGAGGCCUGUUCCAGUUUCCUUCAGGAGCAGCUGAGCCCAGAUAACUGUUUGAGCAUGGUAAGACUCUCUGAGAUCCUGAAUUGCAACACUUUGAGAGCGAAGGCCAAGGAGAUAGCGAUGAAGAGCUUCUCCGACGUGUCAGCGUCUGAGGAUCUGUGUGAGCUCUCCUUACCAGAGCUCAUGGGUUACCUGGAGGAUGACAGCCUUUGUGCAGAGGAGGAGCAGGUCUUCGAGGCACUUGUUGCUUGGAUCCACCAUGAUCCUUAUUCUAGAAGAGGUGCCAUUAGUGACCUUUUCAGGAAAGUUCGCCUUCGACACAUCCACCCCACAUACCUCUUCCAGUUCAUUGCCAAUGACCCUCUGAUCCAGUCCUCCACCCUCUGCACGGAGCUCAUUGAAUCUGUCCGACGACUAAUGUUUGCUGUCAACACAAAAUGCAUCGGAGACACAGAGGUGAACUUCAAACCUCUUUGGGUGGCACCAAGGCGCUACACCUCCAAUGACAUGCUGGUGGUUGUAGGAGGGAGAAAGAACAACGAGCAGACGUCGAGGGAGGCCCUCGUCUUCGAUGAGGAGAGCCAGAAGUGGCAGUGCCUUACCAAGCUGCCCAUUCGCCUGUACAAGGCCUCGUAUGUUGCCCUCCACAGCGUCAUGUACGUUAUCGGAGGCCUGACCACAAACACAAAGUACGGCCAGGUCAGCCCGACGGUCUACACACUCUCCCUCAAGACCAACCAGUGGCGAACCGCAGAGCCCAUGCUGGAGCCACGCUUUGCCCACCGGAGUGUCUCUUACCUGCACUUCAUCUUCGUCCUGGGCGGCCUUGGGCCUGACAGGCGGGUGACAGACAGCGUGGAGAGGUACAACAGCAUGUUCAACCAAUGGGAGACUGUGGCCCCCAUGCCUGAGGCCGUGCUGCACCCAGCAGUGGCUGCUACCAACCAGAGGAUCUAUAUGUUUGGAGGAGAGGACGCCAUGCAGAGCCCGGUCAGAAUAAUACAAGUGUAUCACAUUGCCAGGAACAUGUGGUCCAAGAUGGAGAACAGGACGGUGAAGAAUGUGUCUGCUCCAGCUGUCAUUAUGGACGAUAAGAUCUACAUCAUUGGAGGAUACACCAGGAGAAUGAUUGCAUACGACACAAAGGCCAACCGGUUCAUCAAGUGUGCCAACCUGAAGGAGAGGAGGAUGCACCACUCUGCAACCGUGCUCAAUAACAGACUCUACAUCACAGGUGGACGCUACAUCAACGGCCAUGACAUCAUAGAGGACUCGGACAACGUCGAGUGCUACGACCCGAAGACAGACACUUGGACAUCUAAGGGGACUCUGCCGUAUAAAGUGUUUGACCACGGCUCCCUGACUCUUACAAGUGUCUCACAGACAUGGGCAAAAUCCUAGCUGGUGUUUGAUUUUUUACUUUGAGACCUAAUUCUAAUUUCAAUUAUAUUAAUUUGAAAAAAAAUCCCUUGAAACUAAGAAAAAAAUAUGAAUUCAUAGAAAUGUGAUAUGUUUUAUACAUAAAGUAAGUGUACUUCAUUUUUUUAAACGUUCAUGCAUAUGACAUAUUGUUUUUAUAAACUCUCUGACAUUUUUAUAGCUGAAAAUGUAUUUCUCUAUGUUUUUAUUGAAUAUCUAAACCAAUUCUGCUGCGCAGCCUCUUAACCUGUCUGACUUCAUAAAGAGGGAACAAGCUAUUUUCAGUCUGCUCUGAAUCUACAUCCUGAGAUAUCACUUGACACAUGCUUACAUCAGUGUGGACAGUUUGGUGAGUCAAAGCUCUGCUCAGCUGUUAGGUUUGAACCUGCUGACUUUGGAUCACUGUCUGUUUCUUCUGUGUAAAAUAAUGAUUUAAAAAAUAAUAAUUUAUUGCAAAGACAACCAAAUAUUUCAUGCACUGGUGAAAUAGGCAAAGGGUAAAUAAAGGCUUUAGGCAUUGAGACAACUAUUUUGGAUGUUCUUAGUUUGUGCAGUUUUUCCAUUGAUUUGGACCAAUAGAGGUCAUAUGAAUCAUUUUCUGUAUCUUUACUGUUUGUGGAAAGAAUAAGUAACUUUGUUAAUGAACCUGUGGCUGAAUUUGAUAGGAAACUAAUAGAUUGUUUUGUACAGUUUUUUUCUGACAAUAAAAAUCUCACUCUUUA